AAAUACAACCAUUAAUGACAAGUUAAACUAAUAAGUGAAACUUCUCUUGUGAUUGUAAAGAUUUUUAACUUUUACUUCAACAAAUUGUUAGAUUGUUUUAUCAUUUCGACAGAUCGGUUAUAAAGCAUCAAUAAAUUGUUCAUUAUUUAGUUAUUCAAUCCUACAAUCUUUUUUACACCCUGUAGUUAUUCGUCUCACAGUAAAUGCUGUUGUUAAUCAACUUCCAUUUUAGUCUAAUUUUUCACUCUUUUCCUUUUGAAUAGUACUCACAAAAAGAUAAUAAUAAAUUAUGUGUCGCUACUUUGAAUUACCAACUUGGGAUGAGGCGCUGCUUCUAAUUUUAUUUAAGUUCAUAGGUGCUGCGCUUAGCUGUGCAAGCGUUGCUUGGGGUGCAAAUCUAAUCGCAGUGCACUAUGAAGAUGUUUUGGCUGUUGGGCGAGGACCUGCUAUCAUGAGCAUCAUUGUUGGUGUUUGUGCAGCUCUUUUACACUGGUGCGAGUGCUUGAGUGAUAUGAAAAAAUCUAGUUUUGUCAUGAAUUUUGUUGGCUCUAUUUUGUUACUGUUGGUCAUCGCUGAGUUCACUAUCGGUGGAUUUGCGUUCAAAUAUAGCAACCAGCUUGAAGACGUGACUAUUGAACAAUUUCAAUCGAAGAUCAAGGAAGUUGAAGACGGAAAGAUGCCAGAGUUAAAGGAAAACAUGGAUAAUUUUCAGAUAAAAAUGCAGUGCUGUGGUGCUUUUAAUGCUUCUGAUUGGUUACAGAUUCCUGACUCUUGUUUUGCUGACCAAAAACAAAGAAAAGAUAUUUACACUGAAGGUUGUGUGCACGCAAUUAAAAUAGUUUUGGCUCCUACGAUGGAACAAUUAGCUAUUUUUGUCACCGCAUUAGCUUGUCUUCAAAUUUUUAUUAUGUUGAUAUUCAUUGUAAAUUAUGUCAGAUACCAUUACGAACGAGCUGAAUACGAACCUGUUUGAGCAAAAGCGAAUCAUUGAUAAUGUCGUUUUAAACACCAUGUAAAUCGUAUACAAUCUUUAGACCGCUGACUUACUAUUUACUGGUUACAAAGAGUUUUCACCAAAGUGUUCAAAUAUCUUUUGGCUUAUUAAUAUACAAUACAAAUGAUACAGAAAGAUCAUGAAUACGCAUUUAUCCCUCCUCAUUUAAAUCUUGCAAUUACGUUAUUGAAUGUUACAUGGUUAAUAUAACACAUUAUACAUAUUUUUAAUAUUUUUGACUUUUUCCAAUUAUAACCAAUAAACAAUGGAAAUUUUUGUAAA